GUGCCCGGGGGGGUGGGGGUGGCGUUGAAGCCAAAGUUAGAAAUCGUCCUCGCAGCCUCGCAGGCAGUAAAUAGCUAUAAGUUGGUUUGGCUAAAUUAUUUUAAUCUCCAUCUUACUAAAAUCCAACUGCUUUGCUUCAAAUCGGGUGAUAUAUCCGGUGUUAGGGCUUCAUUUUGUCUCCAUCGUCUCGAACUCCUCAGCCCCAUCCCCUGCCCUAUAUUUAACCUUUUUCUCCAUUUCCAUCUUUCUCAUCAAGUUUUCCCAUCUCUUAAAUGUUAGCAUCCUAGGUAGUUUAGUACCAUGGGUGCUGAACUUGGCCUUCUCUCUUUGACCCAUCUCCAAAAAUUGGCACAGUCCCAACAAAAUAAUCAAAAUCGGCAUCAAAUCAACCCUAGUAAUACUUUUACCCCUGCAGGUGUGUGGAUGUGGAACAGUACUAUGCAACCCCACGAAGACGAGGAUUCAUGGGAGGUAAGAGCUUUUGCAGAAGACACUGGAAAUGCCAUGGGAACCACUUGGCCACCGAGGUCUUACACGUGCACCUUUUGUCGGAGGGAGUUCCGGUCGGCUCAAGCUCUAGGUGGCCACAUGAACGUGCACCGCCGUGACCGGGCGCGGCUCCACCAAGAGCAGCCUAAUCCCAGCAGCAGCAGUCCCACCUCACCUUCCACUUCCUCAUUUAUAAUCCCAACUCAAGAAUUUGUCACCAAUGGCGGAUUGUGCCUGCUCUACCAAUUGCCAAGCCCUAGCGGUCCUGCCUUCUCUUCAACACCAAUAAAUGCAUGCAUUGAGUCUCCUUCCACUCUUCUCUCAAUCUCACCCUCUCCACCCAACAACUUAAUGUCUCCUUGCUCUCCCUCCAUUAACUUCCCACUGUCCGGGUCACGGCCAGGUACUAAUUCUUCUCGCUGUUACUCUAACAAAGCGAUAGAACCUUCACUAACCAUAGAUCAUAAUGGCGAUGAAGAUCUUGAUCUAGAGCUUCGGCUAGGGCAGAGACCGACGACAUCAUAAGAAGCAAGAAAAAUGGAAGAGAGUGCCAUUGAUGUAAAAGGGUGCAAAUGGAAGAAAAAAAUGGAAGCCAAAAAGAGCUAAGCACCAUGUUAUAAAUUCCAAGAAACCGAAAAGAAAAAUUAUUUGAAAAGAGUAGUGAUGAAAGAAGAUUAGGGUUUUGAGUAAUGGACCGGUAAAGUUUGCAGUGCACCGUCAUUUUCUGUUCCAGAGUUUCUGAGAAAAGUCUGUCUGGCCAUUUGUUUCCGUAGGGACUAUAUAUAUAUAUAUAUAUUAGACAGCUUCUUCGCACCUCUUUUUUCCACAAACCACGAAUAUGCCAUUUUCAUUGAAUUUGACAGCAGAAAUGCUUCUUAGCAAGCUAUAUUUUUGCCAUUAACUGAGGAGGGGCAUGAAGUCAUUAAGCA